AUCUUUAAACCUGGGUGCAAAGAAAUUGUCCGGAUCACUCAGGACUGCAUUCAGAGAGAGACACGUCCUCUCCAGAGAGAGUGCACAGCAGCUUCCCACCCACAGGAACCUGCCAUGGCGCUGCGCCCACGGGCUUCCUCUCAGCCGGGGAAACUUUCCUUCCUCAACAGUCCCAAGGUGGCUGCGGCGCUUCGGCCGCGGGCUGCCUCCUCGCGCUCGGGCUCCAUGCUGGAGGAGGAGCUGUCCUGUCCCGUCUGCUGUGAGAUCUUCAGGGAGCCUGUGGUGCUGAAGUGCAGCCACAGCUUCUGCCGGGCCUGCCUGCAGCAGUUCUGGAACAAGAAGAAGGCCAGGCGCGAGUGUCCCGUCUGCAGGAGCAAGUGCUCUCUGUUGGAGCCCACUGUCAGCCUGGUGCUAAAGAACGUGGCCGACACCUUCCUGAGGGAGCAGGAGCGCAAGGCGGCCACGGGCGGGACGGGGUCAUGGGCCGAUGGUACGGGGCCGGAGGAGUCGGGGAUGGUGGAGGAGAAAUGCAUCAUUCAUGGGGAAGUUCUCAAGCUCUUCUGUCUUGAUGACUUUGAGGCGUUGUGCUGUGUGUGUCACACGUCCAAGAAGCACCAGGGACACAGAGUGUGUCCACUGGAGGAGGGGGCGCAGGACCUCAAGGCCGGGCUGAAGGAGGAUCUGAUUCCUCUGAAGAAAAACCUGCGUCACCUGUAUCAGGCCAAGCAGGAGUGUGAUGACACAACUGUCCACAUCAAGAACCAGAUUCAGGCCACAGAGAAGCAAAUCAAGGAGGAGUUCGAGCAGCUCAGGGCGUUCCUGCAGAAGGAGGAGACGUCACGUCUGGCCUCCCUGCAGCAGGAGCACGAGGAGAAGAGAGAGCUGGUGACCAGGAAGUCCAACGUCAUCACCAGAGAAAUCCUCACCUUCUCUCACGCCGUCAUCGCCAUCGAGAACGAGAUCGCGUCCAGCGAUGCGCUCUUCCUUCAGAAUUACACAAACACAAAGAAAAGAGCACAGAUCCCGCAGAAGGACCCAGAAAAAAUGUCGGGCGCUCUUGUGAAUGUGGCCAAACAUGUCAGCUCCCUCAAAUAUAAUGUGUGGCAGAAGAUGGUGGAGCUGGUUCACUACACACCCAUCACCCUGGACCCCAACACGGCCUACUCCUUGUUGUCCCUCUCCUCAGACCUGACCAGCGUGGCCAACAGUGGAUGCCUGAAGCAGCUACCGGACAACAGCGAGCGCUUUGGCCACUUCGUGUUCGUGCUGGGCUCGGAGGGCUUCACCUCAGGCCGCCACUCCUGGGAGGUGGAGGUGGGCGACAAGGUGGACUGGAUGCUCGGGGUGGUCAAGGAGUCGGUCGACAGGAAGGGCCGCAUCUCGGGCUGUCCCGAUGGCGGCUUCUGGAUGAUCUCGCACUACGAGACAGAGUACGCGGCCAUGACGAGGCCCAGCACCCCGCUGCACCUGCAGGGCGAGCUGACCCGAGUGAGGGUGCAGCUGGACUACGACUCCGGGGAGGUGACCUUCUCCAACGCUGUCAGCAUGACGCCCAUCUUCACCUUCACUGGCUGCUUCACUGAGAAGAUGUUCCCCUUCUUCUGCCCCGGCGCCAACAUCAACGGGAAUAACCCCGACCCCCUGAAGAUCUGCCCUGCCAAAGUGGCCGUGUGGAACAGUGCGACGUGGUGAUGUCUUGAGAACAUUAGUGUACUAGAAAUUUAAGAAAAGUGCAAAUCAAGUGAUUCAGGCAGAUGAUGUCAGUGCAUGUUAGUGUGUAAAAUGAGCACGGCACAAGCAGAGUGAUCAGAAUAAUAACUGGUUUAUUUAGGUGGGGUUCAUUCAGCGUUAAGAAACAGGAUCUUUGUUUGCUUACAGGCUCCACAGUUAUAUUCAUAAAUCAGCGCUCAUGUCCGGGAUAUUUAAGCUUCCCUUCUUGAAGCAAAGUGAACUUAACACCAGAGUCUGUGAAUGUCAAUGAAGCCUAUGAAAUGUGUCACCAUGAGAACUGAGAAGGUUUGUGUUGGUUUCAGAAUAAAUUGAAUAAUAACAGCUA